AUGACAUUGUGGUAUUUGCAUAAAAGCCGAUUGACAACAAAACAGAAACAAAACAAAACUACAGCAGCAACAGCAGCUACAGCCGUGGUCGAAGGGCCUACUCGAGCCAACACUGGCAAGAGGAAAGCCAAAGAGUUGGACUUGUCCAAUUCGGGCGGUUCGUUGGAACCCGCAUCCAGGCGCCCGGCGCCCGGGCCACUGUCCGGAGCCAAGUCCCCUCCUCUGCCGGCACCGGCAAAAGUUCAUCGGCCCGAUGGCCCGUCGGUAGCAGCAUCAUCCACCACCGCUUCCACGAGCGAACAAGCCACCUCGCGUGGCCGGCAACUCGGCAGCUAUGCUGAGGUCAGCGCGGCGUACACCGGGGCCUCGCAAGAGGUUAAAGGAGUGAGGGACGUGAAGUCGUCCCGCGGACCUUCCCCCGCUCACCACGCCGCGCUGAAACCGCCAAGCGGGACAGUGCAGCCCUCAGCCAAGAGACCCGGUUCCCAACCGGGACCCGCUUCCUCGAUGGAGGAGGCACGUGGGCGCAGGUCUCCCCGGGUUUCCGGGGAUCUGUCCGGGCCGCUCACUGGCGUGUCAUCUGAUGCCGCUUCUUCUUCCCACGCUCAAGUGGACAAAACGGCUCCGGGGGAGCGCCGUAACAAAACCCCGGUGUACGUCUCUGGGGUGAAGGACGUACGCGGCUUCCUGCAUAGGAUUCGCGCGGAGUUGGCCUGCGGGAUCGUGGCGCAGAUGAAGGGAGACCUCCUGACUCUUGUGCCUGAGACCGCCGACGGGUUCCGGGCCACC